AUGGUUUCUUCCUUUAUUUGGGCGUUUUCGCUCAUAGCGAUCACGUUAGGAGCACCGACCGUUCGCAAAAAUCGAGUCACUAAAGAGCUUCGCGAAGAUUUCAUGCAUUUCUCGACAGACCGGUAGAUUUUGAAGCGAUAACUGUUCCUUGAGAUAAAUCUGUGUUCCAGACUGAAUCACGUGAUCACUUUGUCGCGCGGAAACCCCCCAAAAUACGUGAGAAUCUCGGUGAUUCUGACCGAAUGCGGGGAACUCGAAAGUGUGCAAAGAGUGUCGCACAAUCGGAUCGAGACGACGUUGGAAGAGGAGACAUGCGGAACCACCCGAAUGCGUGAGUGGUGCGGCGACCUACCGGGAAGGACCGCGUCUCUAUGGACUGAGAAUAUCGACACGAACUCGUCGGCCGUCGUUCGAUUCCAAUGUGAUAUGGGGAGAAGAGAAGUCGCGACGCGGAUGGGAGUGCAUUGGAUUCAGAUGAUCAUUCCCUCUUUGAUUGUCGCGUUUGUACUCGGAAUCAUUUACAAGUGAGUUCUCAUUCUCCGCCGUUUUUAAAUAUCCCUUGUUUUCAGUUUCUGCAAAUUGUGCCAGGAGCAAGCGAGAAAACAAAGCGAACUGGGAGAGCUGCAAUCCAAAACCAUAGAAGUUCAGAUGGACAGUCUGGAGAGUGUGAACCUCAUGUCAACGGAAAACGAAAAAACGGGAAAGAAGCUGGUUCACUUUGACGACGACAGCGACCCGUCAAUCGGUACGGUGUUCGUCCUCUAACAUGUAAAUAAUAUCACUCGUCGACCAUACACCGAAUAAUCUAUUGCUAACGUUGUAUUAUAGAAUACAUAAACUAUUGACCUGAAAUGGCGCUCUUUUUUAUAUUUAAAUAGAAAAAAACUGAAAAAUCUUUUUAGUGCAAAUAUUUACUGCGCUUUUCUCUCUGUGUUCUCUUGUUUCCCAUCGCUAAUUAGGCGAAUCGACUCAUCAAACGCCGGCGGCCAUGAGCUUCAUCGUGCUCUCGGUCCCUCGGUUUUCUCUCGCUCUUCUCCGUCGUCACGCAUACAUGCUCGACGAGCAAGAGCCGUGAGCUCUCCAAAUCAAUAACAUGUCCGCUUCUCUCUCUUCCCUUCUUUUUCCCUUUUUUUUCAUUCCGAAAUUGAAACCGAAUUUCAGAAGAGGGGGAAAUGUCCAAGUGAGAGAGGCUCUCAGACGGGCAGACACACUUCCUUUCCACUCGUUUUGGUCCCUUUCGCUUGUUGUUCGUUGACGCCUUCAUUGUUUUGAAUGUGGAAGAAGAAAAGAAAGCAGAAUGUGCCACGUCAUUUCGCUUUUCAUAAAUAAAUCCUUUUUGACGUGGCAAAGAACAUUAUAAGUAAGAGUGACUCCUUGUGAGAAAAUUGCAAUGUAUUAAAUUUCGAAACGAUUGCCAGUUGAGUACUUUUCACAGUCCAAUCACAAGUUCUCGUACAAGCGAUCGGCGCCGAAUGUUUGCUCUGUGAUAGUUUUUCGCAAGACGUAACUUUCUAAACCCUUUCCCGCUGGACAGCUCUUUUUCUCUCGUCCCCCAGCCCCCCGAAAUGUCACUUUUGCAGUGGUCCUUCUCGAUCGGCUCAUCAGUUCUUGGGAGUGCCUUCUCUCCUCCAUCCAUCUGCCGCGAUGAGUAAGGCGGCGCCGUCGUCCUCGCAUUCGGUCGUCGUCGAACCGCCCGACUCGAUCUUCUCGCAGGGCGAAACCGUCGACUCGGCGCAGGAGGCUCCGUGGUGGCAGAGGUGAGAGAACGGCACGCGCAUCCUCUCUUUCCGCCCAUUUCGGACACAUUCAUUAAGCAGAAGUAAUGAAAUCUGGGGGCCUCUUUUCCCUCACUCACUCACUCACUCACUCACUCCCACCCUUCCCUUUUCGUUUUUGUUUUCCAUUCCGCCACUCGCCUCCGGAGAGCUACUAUUAUAUCCCCUCGCGGUCCCUUCUGGCUGGAAUUCGGCUAGUAUGCAACGAGUUCCCGCUGAUUUGAGUAAACCGUAAGCGAGGGAAGGGUGCAAUGAAUGGAUGCUGAAAAAUUAGAAAAAAGUGUGAAACUAUAAAUUCUCAGAACGAUUCUGACAAAGGACAAAGUGCUUUUCGGCACGUGGGAUGGAGUUUUCGCCACCGUUAUGGUCAACAUCUUCGGAAUCAUCGUGUUCCUCCGUCUCGGAUGGAUCGUCGGGACCGCCGGAGUGGCCAACUCGAUCCUCCUUCUCGGAAUCUGCACGUCUCUCGCCCUCAUCACGGUCUUCUCGGCCAUCGGAAUCGUGGAGAGAUGUCAGAUAAAAGUGAGAAUGACAAAAGAGGAAGGGACUGGGAAUGAAAAUAUUUCAGUCCGGCGGCAUAUACUUCCUCGUUUCUCAUGUUCUCGGUCACCAACUCGGAGGCGCCGUCGGCAUAAUCUAUGCGUUCGGACAGGCCGUCGCCACUGGACUCGUGGCCGUAGGAUUCGGAGAAUCGGUCGCCCAUUUGUUCGAGUCGGAGAGCAAAGUGUUCAUCAAAGCCAUCGCCAUCCUGACACUCAUGGUUCUUACUGGUCAGUCAGUUCCCCUUCCUUCCAAUUCCUUAUCUUUCGUUACCAAUUCAGCCGUCAACACGGCAGGAGUCACGUGGGUCGUCCGUCUCCAGAUCGUUCUUCUGAUGACCAUCGCCCUCGCCGUCACCGAUUUCAUCUUUGGAGCUCUGUUGAGCAGUGAGCCCGAGUCCGGAGUGUUCCGUUUCUCGUCCGCCCGUAUUCGCGUGAAUGCGCAGCCCCAUUACGAAGCCGUCAACUGUUCGGCUGUCGGAAUUCCACGUCAGAUCCCCGAACAGUCCUUCUUCACCGUCUUCGGAGUCUUCUUUGCGAACUUCCUCGGAGUCCUGGCAGGAGUGAAUAUGAGCGGAGACCUCAAGGAUCCGCACAAGAGCAUUCCGCUCGGAGAGCUCUCGGCCGUCGGCGUCAGUUCCACAAUCUGCUUCGUCUUCAUCAUGAUUCUGGGCGGAGUCGGAGACAGAAUGUCCCUUCUCUGUGACGUCAUGAUCUCUGAGAAGGUGGCCCUAACUGGCAUCGUUUUCCUCGUCGGUCUCUAUGUUUGCUCGCUCUCCUCCACUGUCGGAUCUCUGCUCGGAACUCCUCGAGUUCUUCAAGGAAUCGCUGAAGAAGGAAUCAUUCCGUGCCUGAACGUGCUCGCCAGAGGGGUCCGUUUCUUCCAAUGCCCUAUCUAAUUCUCGCAGUUCUCUUAUAUUCCAGGUUGGUCCGAACGACAACCCAGUCCUGGCCGGCUACCUUCUGAUGGGCGUCGCUUCUCUGUUCGUCCUUCUCGGAGACCUCAAUCAACUGGCUAUUCUGUCCACGAUGCCCUUCCUCAUCACCUAUGCUUACGUCAAUUACGCCUACGUUUCCCUUGCCAUGAGCUACGACCUUGCCACUGUCCAGCACGCUUCUGAAGUCGAGACGGGCGGAUAUGGAUCGACGACCAAUGUGAACGACCUCAAUGAGCUAUUCCCCGAGAGACGCGAUGUGAACAUUACGAGCACUGAAGAGGCGGAAACAGGAAUCAUCACUCAAGAAGCCACAUGGUACGCCAUGUUCAGCAACCGAUACGUUUCAUUCUUAGGCGUGAGUUCUUUUUUUUAUGCGUGCCUCGUUCACUUGCCAAUUUCAGUUCCUUGUCAAUCUAGCGAUCCUCCUUCUCAUCCACUUCUGGUUUGCCGUCGCCCAUUUCGUUGCUCUCACCGUACUCUACUGGUACAUCGGAAGAGUCUGCCCCACCUGCGGCCCCGGAAUUUCCAGUUUUUCACUCUGCCACAUGUUCAAGACAGUCUUCUCAUCAAUUGACUCUCUGCGCUCAGGUGCAACAACGAUUCUGCCACAAGUGAUUUCAGAUUUGCUGUUCCAGUUUUAAAUUUCAUUCCAGACUAUAUUCACAAGCGACGUAUCAACAUCGCAACAAAACGAGGCCAAUCAAGACUAUCAAGACCGCCGCCAAUAUCAUCACUCUGAGAAUGUUACUCAUCAACUAGACUGA